UCCCUCGGCGGCGCGUUGCCGCCAUGUCUCCUGAAGAUAAACGGCGGCUAGCUUUUACCUCUGUCGCGCUGCUCCUUGUCGCCCUGUUUUUUUUUGUUUUGAGUUACAUACCAACAUAUUUGUAUAUACUCUUCUUCUUUUUGGGGUCAUGCGGCGUUUGUUGUUAUAAAGCAGAGGAGUUCCAGCUGUUCGACAGGUUGGGCCUACAUCCCCGUCGUGGCCUGGCUGUUCCAUCGGUCCUACUGCGCUGGUUGCCGGGCAGGACGUUAAGAGGAGCACCGGCAGCCGGGAGAAACAAGACUAGAACUACUAAAAGUGAUGUGCGAAAUUCUUUAGCGUCUCCGUGCGACAGGCAUUUUGCGAGCUCGACUUACAGACGAGACGCAUCAUUUAGCGACUCUGUCUUCAGUCCACGGGAUAUACUUAUGGGAAGUUACCUUGCCAAGCCAGAAAGUCCCUCCGGCGCGGGGAGGCCCGUCGGAGGGUCGGGGACUUAUGUCAAUCCCAGAGAACAACUUCGUGAAAGACUUAUCCGACCUAAUCACGGACUUCCCAUUCCAAACAGAAGACUGUCUUUUGGGGACCCAAUGGGUACUGUGGGGAGGUUUACCAUCACCCCACAAAGACAUUACCCACUGCAGCAGAUGGGUACAUCUUCAGUGGGUGUGCUUCCCCCAGCACAGUGGGAUGGCUUCUCUAAGAAGAACAUUCUUACACAGCGCAAUGCUCCACUACACAGUCCAGUCACAGUGAAGAUAGCUAGACCAGACAGUACAACCCGCUCAUCAUUUUUUGAUCAGCUGAACUCCCCUGGAGCCCAUGUGUCUCCUGGGUUUGGAGUCCAAGCUGACCCCUGCUCUAGAGAGACUGUGCUGAGCGUGCUCAGAGAGAGCCGCAAACGUGAUGUUGACGAUGAGGACAAAGACCGUGCAUCUGGGCAGAAGUCCAAAAGGAGGCGACAGAACAGCAGCGAAAGUUCCCAGUCCGCGUUCGAGCCGCUGCUGGCGAAUGGCACUCCAUCACAGCUCGUACCAAAACCUGGAAGUUUGAAGCGAGGGAUCAAUGCCUCUGUGAUGGAGGAGUCUACGCUGAAGAGAUCGCGCACAUCGUCCAUAAGCUCAGUGGGUGGUGGUCCUGCUUCCUGUGGCGUGCCUGGUUCUGCACGUAACCCUAUUCGUAGCUCAUACAGUUCCUCUCAAGGCUGCCCACAGAGGCGAGUAAUGUCAAGUCUGAGUUUGUCUCCUUUGGCAAGUCCUGGAUCCUCUCGCUGCCAGACUCCUGAAAGGGUAGCUAAAAAGCCCAGGGAGGAGGAUGCCACUUCUCCAAGUUCUGCUUCCUCUGUGAAGUCUGAUAAGGCAGCUGCUGACCUUGCUCUGGGCUCAGGGAAACGCACCCCUACACCUGAAGCUCCAGUUAUGUCGCUGUCCGACUCUGGAGGAAGCAAUGGCAAACGCAAGCGCAAAAUCCCACUGGUGUCAACCCGGAGAGGAGACCAGAUCUCUCUGCCUCCACCCCCUGAACUGGGCUACACAAUCACUGUGAAAGACCUUGACAUGGAGAAGAAAGCUGUUCUUAGCCAGAUCCACAAAGUCCUCAAGGAGCCUGAGCCAGAGAAGCCUGCCCCUGGCCCCAUCCCUGGCCCCAUCCCUGGCCCCACCCUAUCCGUUGGCCUGUUUUCUCACCUAGCUCCAGCCACCUCAGCCACAGUCACGCCUGCUGUGAGUGCUCCUUCUCUGGCCUCUCUUUCACCUCCUUCAGCAGGCCCCGCACUCGCAUCCACCACAACCUCUUCCCCAGCUCCAGCACCAACCAUCGACCUCACUGUUACUCCGACGAGCACAGCCAGCAGUGUGCUGGCCCCAGUUGCCACUCCCCCAUCAGUGACCCCCACCAGUGGCGCUGCAGUGGCCCUGAGCCUGGCUAACACACUUCAGGAGUCCCUUCAGAACAUGAAGAACAGUUCCCUGCUCACGUCCUCCUCUCUGCUGACUGCUGCUUCUGCAGCACCUACAGCUCCUACUGCUGCAUCACCUGUGCCAAUGCCGACUGCUGCUCCUGCGGUCGCCACAGCUAAAGGUCCCGGCGUCGUGAAACCUGAGCCCGCGCUCUCCACUCCACAGCCCACGGUGCCAGCUCUGCCUGCGCCAUCCGCCGCACCCAUGCCCUCUGCUUUUGCCCAGAUUCUGGCCCAGCCAUUGCAGCCGUCCAGCAUCUUCAGCGUGGUUGGGAACAGCCUCAUUCCUUCUUCGACCCUUGCACUGACCCCGGUGUCUGCUGCCCCCACGCCCAUCACCAUGGCCGCCUCUACUGCGCCUGCCAGCACCACGGCCCAGCCCGCACCGUCUGGAUUCAAGCCCAUUUUUGGUGUAGCAACCACGGCGCCUGCGUCAGCUGUAGGUGUCAAGCCCACACAGCCCACGUUUAAGCCCAUUUUUGGCAGCGCAGGCCUCAGUGCGUUUGGCCAGCCGGCAACAUCGGCAUCCUCCACACCAGCAACGAAGAGCAGCACACCCAUGUUCAGCAGCCUGACCACCACCCAGCCACAGGCCACCUCCGUCCCCUCAUCCACCCCUGCUGCCCAGGCUCCCAGUCAGUCUGUGUUCAGCAGCUGGGGUGCUGCGUCCACAUCCUCCGUCCCCGCCCCCAGUGGCACGUUUCAGUUCAGGGCCCCAUCUUCCACCUCCAACACCGCAACCAGUAGCAGCACGACCACCAACUUCCAGUUCAAUGCUAUAAAGCCCACACAGACUGCUCCCCCGGCGGUUUCUCAAAGCACGUUCACGUUUGGCCAGGUACCUGCAGCCCAGAACUCCACUGCCUCGCCAUUCGGGGGGUUUGGUAUGGCCAACAGUACCUCCACUACAGCGGCCAACACCUCCACAACCCAGGCUGCUUUCGGUAGCUCUGUCUUCAGCGUGUCCACAUCCUUUCCCAGUGUGCCCGCUCAGGCUCCUGCAGCGUCAAAGCCUUUCACGUUUGGUGCUGGCAGCGGGAGCAACGCGCUCACGCCGUUUACAUUCGGAGCACCCGCAAGCACAGCUGCACCUGCAUUUGGGACUCCUGCUCAGCCUGCGUUUGGCGGUGCCUCGACCGGUUUCUCCUUCGGGAACACCACCAGCCAGUUGGUGGCACCUGCCUUCGGAGCCACCACACAGGUUACUGCCUCUGUCCCGGGCCCCACAUUCACAUUUGGAGCAGCUCAGGCCAACCCACAAAACUCUUCCCAAGGUGCUUCUGCCCUGCCCCCUUCUGGAGGGUUCAAUUUUGCAGCAUCACUGUCCGGAGCACAGUUCGGAACGCCAACUCCUGCAGCACAGACUCCAGGGUUUUCGUUUGGCGCUAGCAACACUGACACCAAGCCUGCUUUUGGUACAUCCACUCCUGUGUUUGGUACUGGAGGAGGCCCUAUACCGUUCGGCAGUCCUGGAACUCCAGUGCAAGGUUUCAGUGCCUCAUCUUUUGCCACUCCUUCAGCCACCUUCUCGAUCGGUGCAGGCUCCAAGCCCAGCGGGGCACGCCAGAGGCUGCAGGCACGCAGGCAGCACGUGAGGAAGAAAUGACCCAGUGCCGCGGACUGGCCGUCAGCCUAGUUUCUUUGGACACAUGGAACGCCCAUUCUGAAU